GAAAAAAAUAAUUUAUUCGUCAGAAAGCAUUCGGAAAUCAAAUUUGAACCUGAAGCAAAAUUUCCAGAGUUGAGAAGAGCUCAUUCGGGGUUAGGUCUCACGAUCGAUCGAUUCAUUGAAAGAAAUCGGGAUCAUCGAUUAAGACUGCUGUCUCGUUGAAUUUGACCGGCCUUGUGACGGUUCUGAGCUGGUUCGGAGGAAUUUGACCUCUCCGCGGCUGAAAUGGGAGUGGUUGAGGGAUUUGGAGGAUCCAUGCCUUGGAAUUCCGCAGAUCUGUGUUAAUGUAUGCUUCAAACAAAAACUGUACCUAAUUCAGGCUUACUUCACGUAAAAUCUAGUUGAUCAAAGCCAGGCAGUGGACUGUGGUGCAAUGGAUCCAACGAGUGGAGGCAACAAUGCGAACAACAAUCCCAAUUUGGCAUCUAAACAGCGUCUUCGGUGGACUCACGAACUUCAUGAGCGAUUUGUCGAUGCUGUUGCGCAGCUUGGCGGACCAGAUAGGGCAACACCUAAAGGUGUUCUUAGAGUUAUGGGUGUUCAAGGACUAACAAUUUACCAUGUUAAAAGCCACUUACAGAAAUACAGGCUUGCCAAGUACCUUCCGGAUUCUUCAUCUGAUGGUAAAAAACCCGAGAAAAAAGAAUCCGGAGAUGCUCUUUCGGGCUUGGAUGGUUCGUCUGGAAUGCAAAUAACCGAAGCACUCAAGCUGCAGAUGGAGGUUCAAAAGCGCCUGCACGAGCAAUUGGAGGUGCAAAGGCAGCUGCAGUUACGGAUAGAAGCGCAAGGAAAGUAUUUAAAGAAGAUCAUCGACGAACAACAGCGCCUUACUGGAGUGCUUUCGGAAGCCCCUGGCUCGGUUGCCCCAGAUGCCCCUCGAUCAGACUACAUACACCCUGAAUCCGAUGCUAAAACUGAUCCAGCAACCCCCGCCCCAACAUCCGAACCUCCUUUUCUAGACAAACCCACGAACGAGCAUACACAGGCCAAGAGCUAUUCUGUGGACGAAUCCUUCUCCUCCCACAACGAGCCACAAACCCCCGAUUCUGGCUGUCACGCCACAUCACCGGUUGAGAGCCUAAAUGAGAGACCAGGAAAAAAGCAACGUGGGAUCAGUGAUACAGAGCUUACCAAACCAGAAAUGGUUCUUACCCAUUCGAUUCUUGAAUCAAGCUUGAGCCAACCACCGCACUCGGUUUUCUUCACGAGGGAGCAAUUUGAUCACCAGUUAGGGGCGGCGGGACUAUCUGUUGUCAACGAGAAUCAGUUGGAAGGAGUUCCGGGAAGCAACCUGUGAUCCACACAUUCUGGUAAUGUUACCUGAACCUCAGUUCCUUCUCAUUAGCCGAUUUGUAUGCUUGGUUGCUAAAGUCAUAUCUCUCCGAAUGUUAUGUCGAAAAAUCAUUAACUGCAAUUUAGAUGUCAUGAAAACUCGUAGCAU